GGCGUCGGGAACUUUCGACGCAACCGCCUCCUAUAUGUAGUCUGGUUUCAGACUUUUUUGUGUGUCUCUAGUCGAUCGGUAGUUCUUUCGUGAACCAUUGAACCAGACUAUUGCACGUGUCUUCGAAGAUGGACUUUCCAUGUGGUUGGACAUCGAACCGGAGGCUCAUCGCACCGUAUCAUUUUGUCCGAGCCAUUGUUGAUGUAUAUCUUGUUUCGCCCUGCCGUGUCGUCCGCCGUGCACGGACCGCUGGUCGCAAGGUGAGACUUGCCUUGUAUCGGAAUCCCCCCUCAACAGAGCGUGCACUGCUUCCGCAAGGUGGAGCGCAUCAUCUGGACGGGAGAGACCCGUAUCCGAUCGCUAUUCACACGUGGGUCUAUUUGGUUGUCUCGGUGCGCGGUGACAGAAGACAUCGUCCGGAGACAUCCGGAAGGUCGGAAACGGUGCUCUGUGGUGUGGGUGAACGUGCAUCGGGGGAUAUCAGCUGACACCGGAGGGCAGUUCUUGCCGGAGUUGAGGAAAAGAGUGUCUGUUGCAAGUGUACAGUUAGUGUUUUCCGGUGCAGUGCGCCAAAGGUACAUCGACUGAGGCUUCUCAGAGCGACUCAUCGUCCAAUGACUCCUCGCCGGCCAUCACACGUGCUCCAGACGACGCUAACCUUCAUCCUCUUUCUGUCCGCCAUACCAUCGCAAUCGAACGCGGGGAGCCGUCGAAAGUCGUCCAAGUACAAGACGACCUACUACAUUCCCGCCGAACAUCGCUCCACCUACUACUACCAAUGGCCUUACCAGGACCCCAAGUUGUCCAGGCGCUCAUAUACCGCCUGGGACGACUCUUGGGGUGACUCGUGGAGCGGAGGAAGCGGGGGCAUCACCCUGGUCCCUUCAUUCAAGGGAUUCUUGGAUGGAACAAAUAAGCACUUUCACCUCCACCGCGGAGGUGGAAAGGGUCAUGGCUGUGGCAUCGAGAUUGCCUUGCUCGGGAUACUGGUGUUUCUGCCUUUGAUCAGCCUCAUGGGACUUGUAGUUCCCCUCCUGCUCUUCAUCUUGCCCUUGUUGAUCGGUCUUCCCUUGUUGCAACCACCUUUCGCUGUGGGCCCCAUUGUCGGCGUUCCAGGGGACGCCAUCGGACCUCAGGGUCGAAGAAGACGUUCCGCGUCGUCAGGACGUCCCGUUCUCGAAGACGUCAUAAGCGGGGCUCUGAGCAUGCUACAAGAGGCCAUUUCAAAGUACGGCGGACUCUAGAACUGCCAGAAUACGUCGCAUUUACGUCGCAAGUAGACUGCCAUAUAGUAGAAGGGAAUGAAUGAGAGCUUUGCGUUAUUUAUUGAAUGUUGGAUUAUGUACGUGCGAGCGUGUUUGCGGUUGGUGUUGUUGGGUUUGUGUGUGUUUCGCGGGGCAUCAUUUCGGAGUAUGUGGCGGUGACGUCACAUCAGAUGACGUCACAUGCGUCACACGUUGGCAAUAAAAUUGAAGUAUGUACGACUGGCUGAACAUUUUGCUCGCGGUUUGGUAUGCUGGAAGAAAACAGCCGCGGUUCUACUGCAGUGCAGCUGAAUUGUGAGAGAAACAAAGCAUCGCAUGAUUUCGUGUUUAAUUAUUGUGCUUCAAAUAAUUUAUUUUAGCAAAAUAGAAUAAACUUUUUGAAUGCUUCUA